ACGCACGCACUGACGAAAGAGUCGUCGGGCUCGCAUGCGCUUUUUCUCUGCCUUUCUUUCCUCAUCAUUUUCCAUUGGCUACCGUUUAUCCUCUCUGCGUAGCCCGCGUCACUCAUACGCCUUCUCACGCAACUCCUCACUAAUGGCCGCAUCGGAGGAAUCGCUUCGUCAAGCAUUGGCUGAGAAGCAAUCGGCGCUGGAAAAUCAAGGCAACGUUGUUCGGGCCCUGAAAAAAGAUUCGAAUGUCGCCAAGCUGGAAAUCGACGCCGCUAUUGAAGCCUUGAGUAGUUUGAAGCUCGAGAAGACUGAGCUCGAGAGGCAGCUACAGGCGGCUGUCACUGGAAGUGGCGCUGAUGGCAUGAACAGGGAGGCGUUCCGGCAAGCCGUGGUUAAUACUCUUGAACGACGUUUGUUCUACAUUCCAUCGUUUAAGAUUUACAGGGGUGUCGCCGGGCUUUACGAUUACGGGCCGCCGGGUUGCGCUGUUAAGUCUAAUGUUCUUGCUUUCUGGCGUCAGCAUUUUGUUCUCGAAGAGAACAUGUUGGAGGUUGACUGUCCGUGUGUUACGCCUGAGCUUGUGUUGAAAGCAUCUGGUCAUGUUGAUAAAUUCACCGACCUUAUGGUCAAGGAUGAGAAAACUGGGACCUGCUACAGAGCUGACCAUUUGGUAAAGGAUUACUGCAAUGAAAAGCUUCAGAAAGAUCUUAGCAUUAGUGCAGACAUGGCAGCUACUUUUAAGCAUGUGCUUGCAACAUUGGAUGAUCUCUCUGCUGAGGAACUUGGUGCAAAGAUUAAGGAGUACGGAAUCACAGCACCAGACACAAAGAAUCCACUUUCUGAUCCUUUUCCAUUCAACUUGAUGUUUCAGACAUCAAUUGGCCCAUCUGGUUUGGUUCCUGGGUAUAUGCGCCCUGAAACGGCACAAGGCAUAUUUGUAAAUUUUAAAGACUUAUACUAUUAUAAUGGAAACAAGCUCCCAUUUGCUGCAGCCCAAAUUGGUCAAGCCUUCAGAAAUGAGAUAUCUCCUCGACAAGGGCUUUUGAGAGUUCGUGAAUUCACACUUGCAGAAAUAGAGCAUUUCGUGGAUCCUGAAGACAAAUCUCACCCUAAGUAUUCUGAUGUUGCAAAUUUGGAAUUCCUGAUGUUUCCAAGAGAAGAACAAAUGUCUGGCGCCUCGGCAAAAAAAAUCCCACUGGGAGAAGCAGUUUCAAGGGGAAUUGUCAACAAUCAAACCCUUGGCUACUUUAUUGGCAGAGUUUAUCUCUUCCUUACUUGCCUUGGUAUAGACAAAGACCGGUUACGUUUCCGGCAGCAUCUUGCGAAUGAAAUGGCCCACUAUGCUGCUGACUGCUGGGAUGCUGAGAUUGAAUGUUCCUAUGGAUGGAUUGAGUGUGUUGGCAUUGCAGACAGAUCUGCUUAUGACUUGCGGGCCCACUCGGAGAAAAGUGGUGUCCCUCUUGUGGCUCAUGAAAAGUUUUCUGAACCUAGGGAAGUUGAGAAAUUGAUCAUCACUCCUGUGAAAAAAGAGCUGGGCCUUGCAUUCAAGGGGAACCAAAAGAUGGUGGUUGAAGCUUUAGAGGCAAUGAAGGAAGAAGAAGCUAUGAAAAUGAAGGCUGAUCUAGAAUCCAAAGGAGAGGUGGACUUUUAUGUCUGCACUUUCGGGAAAAGUGUAUCCAUUAAGAAGAGCAUGGUUUCAAUUUCAAAGGAAAAGAAGAAAGAACACCAGAGAGUUUUCACACCAUCUGUGAUUGAGCCAUCUUUUGGUGUUGGAAGGAUAAUAUAUUGCCUCUAUGAGCACUCUUUCUAUACAAGGCAAAGUAAGGCUGGGGAUGAGCAGUUGAAUGUCUUCCGCUUCCCUCCUCUUGUAGCACCGAUCAAAUGCACAGUUUUCCCACUGGUUCAGAAUCAACAGUAUGAGGAGGUUGCCAAGGUCAUUUCCAAGUCUCUGACUGUGGCUGGAAUCUCACAUAAGAUUGACAUUACAGGUACAUCAAUAGGGAAGCGAUAUGCAAGAACAGAUGAACUUGGUGUACCCUUUGCAGUCACCGUUGAUUCAACAUCCUCUGUAACAAUCCGAGAGAGAGAUAGCAAGGGACAAAUCCGCGUUAACGUGGAAGAGGCAGCAUCAGUUAUCAAGGAAGUAGCUGAGGGGCUGAAGACGUGGGAAGAUAUGUGGACUGCUUUCCCUCAUCAUUCCUCUGCCACCACAGAUGAUUGAGCUUAGAACGUACUACAAUUGCUAAUUUGCAUCAGCUAUACUACACUUUUGAAAUGUUUUUCAACCAUGAAAGUUUUUGGAAGAAAAUUUGCCUAUUACGUGCAGCCGAAACUUACUCAUGGAAAGCCAUAAUAUCUUUUGCAUGCUUGGUUAUGGGUGUAAUAGAUAUAAUAUUCUAUUAAGCUAAUAAUUUGGCGGACUUAACUUCUAUAUUUCUUAAAUCUGGGAUACAGUUUUUGGUUCGUAUGUUGACAAAUGCGUCAGA